AUGGUGAAAUCACUAUUUACAAUAGCAUUAAAUAACAUUCCUUUGAGAAAAUCCUUAAUCGUAGAAUGGGCCAAACUCGACUCUACGAAGGACUCAAUGAACAAUAAUAUUCUAAAAGUACUAAUUGACAAAAAAGAAGUGGACAUCAAUGCAGCUGAUCAAUAUGGUGAUAAUGCGCUAAUAUAUACCGUGCGUAAUAAUGCAACAAAAUGUGUGAGGUUAUUGCUUGAACAUGGUGUUGAUGUAAAUGCUUAUAACAACUAUGGUAAGACUGCACUGAUGUAUGCAGCAUCAGUAAAUGAUUCAGUUAAAUGCGUCAAUCUACUCAUUGCAUAUGGUGCUGAUAUCGAUGCUAGGGAUAAUGACGGGGCGACGGCUUUAAUACUCGCGGAAUCUGAAUGUAUGUGUCUGCUGGUUGACAAGGGGGCAGAUGUAAACGCAUCAAAUAAAAUAGGACUCACUGCACUCAUGCGGGCUGCAACGUCCAGCAAUACAGCGCCCAUGGAAGCGUUAUUGGACCAUGGUGCUGACGCGAACACGUGUAUCAAUUCUGGACCAAACACACUAUAUUACCCUAUUUCCCAAUACAAUCCUGUCUCCGUAUUGUUGCUUCGGUCUCGAAUGAACGCACUCUUUAUCGCUGUAAAUCAUAACAAACCCGACUUAGUACGUUUGCUUAUCAAGAAAGGUGCCGAUGUCAAUACUUGCGGUCCUGAUAAUGAAACGGUAUUGAUGCGUUCUGUAUGGUGUUCAAAUUCAGCUUGUCUAAUAAUGCUAUUAGCAAAUGGUGCAAAUAUCAAUAGGGUUGACAAUGAAGGUAAGAAUGCUUUGUCAAUUGCAUUCGAAUAUAUUAGAUUUGGAAUAGAAACAUACAGAAUCAUCUGCAUCCUUGCUUUGUAUGGAGCCCCAUUUGAUGCUGAACAGCUACUUGCCUUCAAGAAGCUCACAUAUAAAAGUAGAUAUUCAAAACUAGGAGUGAUGUUAGAAGACUUCAAACUACUGGACCUUCAACAGCAAGUGAGACUCAAUAUGUAUAAACACACAACACUCGUCUGUCGGAAGACAUACUCUAAAACAAUCAAUGCUCUAAUUGAAGAAGGUAAAAUCCCAGAGAGAUUUCGGUCGUUUAUGUUAUUCGAAGAUGACAUUGAAGAUAUAUUAAGUGUCGGUAGAGUAUGUUGAGAUAGGCGAGGAAACAAUUCACGGGUAAAAACCACGCCCCGCCAUAAACCAUCAUACCGCGGGCAGAGCUCCGAUGAUAACAAAUCCUUGCAAAAGUAAAGAUGAACGAUAUGUUUUCUACAAGUACAUUUUAUUAUUUGUCUUUUUAUAUUUUAUUAAUGGUUAUAUGUUAACUUGAUUAAAAAAUCACAUAUGGUUAGGCAAAAAAUAUUGUAUUUAUC